GGAAACGGUGCUGAUGGCACUCCAGUCAGUUCCCCACCCACAAAGCAUUAUAAUAGCGUCUACAACAGCCUCUCUUUAGGCACGGUGAACAAGAAGAUCGAAACAAUUUUUCGGAAAAUGAAGAAACAGCUUCCAUAUGUUCAAAAUGACAUCGGCAUCAUCAAUGAAAGAAACAACACUUUAUCGCGAGGUAUAGCUACACAAUCGAUUAUCAUUUUUUUCCUUUCCAUUUGUUUAGAACUGCUGCUUAGAUAAUAAUGGAAAGCCUAUGGAUUUUAACCUUUUUUGAUCAUGACUUACCGUUUAUAUUUCCAAUGAAUUCGCCGAAACUCUCCUCAGAGAAAUGUAAAAGAAACGUCCAGAAAUCCAAAACGACAUUGCUGCUAUCAAAGAAACAAGACGCUUCCUGAAACUCAAGACAACUCUACUAAAAUUAUUCUUUUAUAUAAUUCCAAAAAGUUUUCUUUUGUUUUUCCGUUAAUUGCAAGAUCAAGAUGCUUGUCAUGUUACCUGCAAAGGUUUAAGUUGGCUCGCGGACAGGCUCUUGCAAGAGGGUCUCAAUGGGGUGAUGACUUUUACGGCUAUCGGUUAAAAUUUUGGCCAAUUUCCGGCUAACGGUUAACACCUUUCCAUUGUUUCCACCAGAAAUAUUUUUUACGGUUAACUUUUUUUACGACUAACGGUUAAAAUUUGUCAAUUUUUACGUCUAACGGCUAAAUAUUUUGGCCGUUUUACGGCUAACGGUUAACCCCAUUGAGACCCUCUUGCAGAAAUCUGUCAAUUUAGAAACGGUUGAUGAAUUUACCUUUUCUUCCAGCAGUUAAGAAGAAUUGAGCUAAGCUUCACAAAUCUGGUAAAACAAGCAGGGGUGUUUAUACAAUCGACCCUGAUGGUUCAGGUGCUUUUAACGUCUUUUGUGACCGAACAACAGUCGGCCUGGUUGGGGGGGGAGGGGGUGCUGGACAGUGUUUCAGAAGAGACUGGAUGGCUCGGUUGCUUUCCACCGUAGCUGGACUGAUAACAAGAAUGGGUUUGGUAACCUUUGGUUAUUUUUGCUGGGACUGGACAGGAUACACCGUCUAACAACAAUGAAAAACAAGCUGCGUGAGGAUCUUAUGGCCUUCAAGUGA